GCAACGUAGAGAUGUAAAGAUAGCUAACGCUAGCUGGACCAAAGCAGGUCGUGAUUUUUUGGGAUUCAACAAGAAUGUUUUGCUCGUUUGCGUGUAUAUUAACUACAAGGCAAAGAUCUAUUUUUGGUUUGAGGCAUACACUUUUCGUGUAGUCCUUUGCUUUCAAACUGGUUACUUAAGUUAAUUAACCUAGCUAACGUUAACUAAACUUAGCUAACCUAGCUAAACUACUGCACUAUUUGAGGAGCAGCAAGCUAGCCCGCGCUAACGAGUUUGGCUUCAAACUAAUAGGCUGUAUGAAGAAGCUAGGUAGCUAAAUACGUUUAUUUUGGUGUCGACUGUUGCAGUUAAUGUUUUGUGUACAUACCACAUUUAAAAUCUCAAAACAUUUAAAUUAACUGUUAAUUUACCUAGCCCCCUUUCUGAGGUUAGUCUGUGUGGUUAGUUAACUACCUACCCACCUAUUUUAGCUAGGAGUGUUCUGACUUCAACAAGAUUAAUUUAGCUAACUAGCAAACAAGCUAGGAUAUCUGAGAAGUUCGUUCAAAACGUGCUUGUGGUUUAGUUAUAAAUAGCGAAACAUGAUAGUUUUAAGGGUAGCUGGAUAGCUACCUAUAGAAUAUAUAUAUCUGAUGAUUGCAUCGAAGAUUUCUAUUUCUGCUUUAAUAUAUCCAGCUAUCUACAUUCCAUUGUUGACGCUUACUGUGCUCACAAGUAAGCUAAAUAAACUAAAUACCAAACAACGUAUCUAACCAGUUAGUCAAUUAUCUAGGGUUAGGCAGGUUUAGUAGCUAACGCUAUGUUGCUGUUGGCUACUGUGCGGACUAGCCACACGAGCAAGAAAUUAUAAACUGCACUUUUCAUGUCGUUAUAAACAUAUUUAAAACAGAAAACAUCUCCAACAUUGUUAGGGUUUCUCCGUUCGAAGCUAUUUUGUUUUGAAUCAUUUCAUCAAGCGUUCUGAAGUGGAAUAUCGCCCUGUAACUGAAGUUGUUUUGUUUCUACACCUGGAGAUAAUCAAUCCUUGCCUGGAUUACAGGGACCUGGAUCCUGGUCUUAUCCUCAGCAAACCACAAAUGCGAGGGAAUGUGAAGCUCUUACUUAAUUGGAGUCUUAGGAACAGGGAAAUCAUCUAGUGACCUCUACAGGCUCACAGUGUGGACCUAAAUUCCAAGUGAUUUUUUAGAAGUGUAGACAGGAAUGUUUGCAGCAGUUGAGCAUGGCCCUGUUCUCUAUAGUGACUCCAACAUCCUCUGCUUGUCAUGGAAGGGCUGUGUGCCCAAGCAUGAGAAAGAUAAGCCAUUGUGUAGGAGGAGGUACUAUGAAGAAGGCUGGCUGGCCACUGGGAAUGGGAGAGGUGUGGUAGGGGUUACCUUCACCUCUAGCCACUGCAAGAGGGAUUGUAUCACUCCACAGCGCAUCAACUUCAAUCUGAGAGGACAUAACAGCGAGGUGGUUUUGGUGCGGUGGAAUGAGCCUUUUCAGAAGCUGGCCACCUGUGAUGCAGAUGGGGGGAUUUUUGUAUGGAUUCAGUAUGAGGGCCGCUGGUCUAUAGAGCUGGUAAAUGACCGGGGAACACAGGUCAGUGACUUCACAUGGUCUCAUGAUGGCACGCAGGCACUGAUCUCCUACCGUGAUGGUUUUGUGCUGGUGGGCUCUGUCAGUGGUCAACGCCACUGGUCUUCUGAGAUUAAUCUGGAGAGUCAGUUAACUUGUGGGAUAUGGACUCCUGAUGACCAGCAGGUGUUGUUUGGCACAGCUGAUGGACAAGUCAUAGUAAUGGACUGUCACGGACGGAUGAUGGCACAUUUACUGCUGCAUGAGGCAAAGGGCAUCGUAAGCAUGGCCUGGAGCUAUCCCAACUUUAUAAUGGAGGAGAGCAGUGAGAGUGAGACAGACUCAGAUGACUGUGAUUCUUUGCAAGUGAGUAGCCUGAAGCUCCUGCUCACUGUGUGUUUCACCUCAGGAGACAUCAGUCUGAUGAGCAACUAUGAUGACCUCACACCUACUAUAAUUCGCACUGGACUUAAAGAUAUUGUGAUGCAGUGGUGUUCUCAGGGGGAUCUGUUGGCAGUUGCUGGAUUGGAGAAACAAAUGGUCAUCCCUGAGUAUGCAUUUUUUACAGCAUCCAAAACUGCAGUUGUUAAGUUUUACAAUCAUCAUGGAGAACACAUCUAUCUACUUGAAACACCUGCACAGAGGCCAAUUAGUACCCUCUGCUGGGGUCAUAAGGACUCUCGUUUGUUUCUGGCAUGUGGAGCAGCACUGUAUGUGAUUCGGGUAGAGCGCAGGCUUGCCAGUCUGCAGUUGUUAUGCCAACAGGUGAUUGCCAGCACAGUGAGAGAAGAAAAGGAUGUGUCCAAACUCAGUAUUCCUUCUCGCCUAAGCAGAUAUGUGUCUUCUGCCUUUGCUCCUACUAUUAAACCCCCCAUUCCUGAUACAAGCAAUAUGCGGGACUUUGUGAGUUACCCCUCAUCGGGGAAUGAGCGUCUUUAUUGUACUAUGAAGCGCACAGAUGAUAACUUGGAUGUGGGUGGGCCCUGUUACACCUUAUAUCUGGAGUACUUGGGUGGGCUUGUUCCCAUUCUGAAGGGCUGCAGGAUCAGCAAACUACGCCCUGAGUUUAUCAUUAUGGACCCCAAGACAGAUGGGAAAACAGAUGAUUUGUAUGGGAACAGCCUCAUCACUUCUGUGGUAGACAGCUGCAACUGCUCAGAUUGCAGUGACAUUGAACUCAGCGAUGACUGGAUUGGCAAGAAAUCACCAAAGAUGUCCAGAGGAAGCAAGUCACCCAAACUCCCCAGGAUAAAUAUAGAUCCCCGCAAGUCCCCUAAGCUGUCCCGUGCCACACAGGAAGUAUCUAGAUCACCACGGUUACCUAUCCGCAAACCCAUUGGAUCCAUUGGAUCCCCAAGUCCCUCUCGCAGAGAGUUUCCUUUAGAAGACUUAACACAGAAUAAUUACCUUGCUCAAGUCACAUCCAACAUAUGGGGAACAAAGUUUAAAAUUGUGGGACUUGCAUCUUUCUUACCAACAAAUCUUGGUACAGUUAUUUAUAAAACCAGUCUGUUGCACCUGCAGCCUAGGCAGAUGACUAUCUAUCUGCCUGAGGUAAAGAAGAUUUCCAUGGAAUACAUCAACUUACCUAUUUUCAGCCCUAAUGUCUUUAGUGAGGAUGAUGAUGACCUGCCUGCCACUACAAAUCCAGGAGUUCCUGAUGACACCCCUCCUUGCACUGUUAACAUACCUAUCGCACCAAUACACAGCCCUGCCCAAACAAUGUCUCGUACCCAGAGCAUUGGUUUGGUGCAGUCAUUGAUGGCCAGUAAGGAUAUCUUUUCCAGUGAAAAAAAAACAUCCCCUACUAAGGGGCCAGUCCACAGCAAGGAUACUGCACUAAUGACACAUUAUACUGUACCAUCUAGAUGUUCCAAUUCUGAUCAGGUAAUAUUUGGAGGGAUAAAUGUUGGACAGGUUUUGGACACUCAGCUUCUGUCAUCAGAACUGUGUCAGCAUGAAAUGCAUCUAAAACAGCAUCAACAACAGUUGCCACAGUUCCAGGAGCUUCAGCAACAACAGCACUGUCAAGAGAUGCAUCAUUUACAGCAACAACAGUAUCAGCUUCAAGUACAACAGAAACAACAAAUACAACAGCAACAGAUGCUGCAGAAUCGCUUAUUGCAGCAACAGCAACACCAUCUUCGAUUGCAGGUCCAAAAGAUGGAGCAACAGCACUUGCCACAACUAAAUCAAAUGCAACAGCAACCUCUACAAAUGCAUAGGCAGGUCAAUCAUCAGCACCAACAGCAGCGUCAGAUGCAAAUCCCUGCUCAUUCCUUACCUUCAGGAUCUCCAUUUAGACAGUUCCUACAGCUCUCACAAAGUAAUGCACAUGCCUCUCAACAUACUGGAAACUAUGAAGCUAAACAAAUGGAGAAUGAGUUACUGCUCAAUAUCAAACCGAUUCCCCCUACCUUUUAUCUGGCAGAGGGAGAUGCUGUGGUUUUCAGUGCCCCUCAGGAAAUUAACAAGAUUACUGCUCCUCCCCCCUACCGUGGUACAGUUUAUACUCCAGUAGCUGCAGCAGCAGCUGCUAUGAUGCCAUUAUCUGCUGCAAAUGGUAGUUCCUCUUCUGUGGGAGCAGGUAGUAACUCUGGAACUCCACACCAGGAAGAUACUUAUCAGAAGAGAGAUGAUGAUAAUCUUCAACAAUCUGCCACACAAACAGCACCGUAUUCAACCUCUUUUGGCUUUGAACGGAUCACCACCUUUGACAGUAGCGGGAAUGUGGAGGAGAUUUGCCAGCCUCGCAUGCAACUAAUCAGUAAUCAGAAUCUUAGUACAGUUCCUUGCUCAGGAAGCUCUGCUAUGCUCAGGGUUUCAUCCUCCUCAAGUGAGGAGAAAAAGGUACAGCUGUCCUAUGCCUCUUCCAAACUUAACCAGCUCACUGUUCCUAGGUACUCCAUAUCCAGUGGGUACGAGCCCCCUUACACAGAUGCAGCCAGUGAAAUCAGUUCAGCACAAAGCUGCAGACAAACACUUGACACCAGAAUGAUUCAUGGCACUUUGAGCCUUGAGGAUAGUCAAGAGGUAAUAUUGAAGGGUUCUCAGAUGCUUUAUCCUCAGAGGACACUUCCCACAAAAACAAGCACUCUGUCAGUCUCUUAUCAACAAACUGCACCAGUGACACUUCAUACAUGUAGUCAGUGUAGUAGCAUUAGUGGAGCAAGCAGAGAGGUCACAACCAGUGAUAAUUGUGAUAUUGCUAGUGAUACAGUCAAAAGGAAAGACUUUUCACCAUCUGCAAGUGGCACAACCCACAACACAGUGAUAGUGCAUUCCAGCAGUAAUUUGGUGCUGCCUUCAGAGUCCUCUUAUAAUUUAAUACAUGUAAGGGGUAUUUAUAAUGUUAUAGGUGGCAGUGAUAACAGGGAUACAUCUGAUUUUAUCAACACUGCCUUUACUGUAAAUGAGCCUUUGAAUCAGUCAUUAAGGCAACUAUCUCUUAACAAAGAAGGGGUUAAACCAACUGUUAAACAACCACAAUCAUAUCAGUGGGAUCAAUCUGUCACUGAUGAAAUAUGGGUUCCUCAGGACCAAGCAACCAGUUUCUCCAUAACUCCUCACACAGUGUCUCACAAACCACCUGCAUUAAUCCUUAAUCCUGCUCAGCCUGUAGAUGUUUCUCAUUUUCCUGAUAUAUCAUCGAGUUCUUCUACACACCCAAGUGCCACAAAAUUCAAGGCAAGUGAGACAUACCAAAUCACCAUUCCCUGUUCCCCAGGUAGCAGUGAUGUUGGUGCCCACCUCCAGCCUGUCCUGGACUCACCACUUCCCUUUUUGCCUAAACAAAUGGUUGCACCAGUGGCCUUAUCACAGCAGGAUCAUACCCUGGUCUUGCCACCCAUUUACCCUCCCAAUUUAAGCAGUUUUACCUGUUGCUCUCCUCCACCUAAUCUUGGGGUAAGUUCAGGUCCAAAUUUACCUAUGACCCCUGUUGCUGUCUGUCCAUGGGACACAUGCAAUCCCUGCCCAGCCAUGCCUAGCUUCUUAAGUGCACUUCCAGAAAAUGUCUCCCAAAUAAUGGAAAAGAAUGUUCUGUCUCUUCCCAGUCAAACUGCACAACUGCUCUUACCCUUCACAGAUACAGAGGGUUUAGUUAACUCUCCAGAAGACACCUCUGAGACUGCAGAAAGUUUCCAGGAGGUGCUGUCUCUUAGCAAGGGCAUAAUUCCCCAGUAUGCAGACAAGUUUGGCAAGAAAAACCGAAAGAGAUUAGACAGUAAUAGGAAUGAUGAAGUCAGUGUUCCUGCAAUCACAGUAUGCAACAAAUCCAGAAAAGAGGGCAGAGCCCUUAUUGAUUUCAGCAUCUCUAGCCCAGGAUUGGGUGGCCAGGACAAGAAAACCAAGGGACAGAAGGAGCAGCAAAAGACAAAAAGGUUUAGUAAGCCCACAACAGGUGACUUCCAGGACAGUUCUGAGAGUGAGUCAGAGUUCAUUGUUAUUGGGGAUGAGCUGAUGAACCAAAACCAAAGUACCAAGAAAGGCUGGAAGGCCAAGAAGAGUCUUCGGUCAGGUGGCUGUGAAUUGGAUGAUAUUAAGUUUCUGAGAAAGGCUGUUGAGAAAGAGGAGUGUGGCCUAGACAACCAGGGCUUUGUCUACAUCAUGGCCAACAAACAGCCUCUUUGGAAUGAAGCAACACAGGUAUACCAGUUGGAUUUUGGGGGAAGGGUCACACAGGAGUCUGCAAAAAACUUCCAAAUAGAGCUUGAAGGAAGACAGGUGAUGCAGUUUGGCAGGAUCGAUGGGAAUGCCUACAUUCUGGACUUUCAAUACCCAUUUUCAGCAGUGCAAGCAUUUGCUGUAGCCCUGGCCAAUGUUACACAGCGUCUCAAGUGAUAUCACUGGUUCCAUUUUCAUCCAUGGGAAUAUCUCUAGUUUUAGUGUAAACCAGAAAGGCAGCACUACGGUAUGUUUUUGUGAUUCUUCUGGUAAUCUUGUUGCCUUUUACGAGGUCUUAUAAAUGAAUAUAGAACAAAGCAUUCGGAGUCUAGUGAAUACCACUUGUACUCCAUCAUAAGGCAGCUAAAUGUGAUAGAUUUUACUUACUUAAGACUGUUACCUAUAUUUUCAGUGGAAAAUAAAACGCAUUGGUAAAGACUUAGGGGAAUUGUCUACUGUUUUCUAUAGUUAGCUUGUACAUAUUUCAAGUUUACUUUUGAAAGAAAAAGAAUUCAUCUAAAGUGAAAUAAUGUACUUCAUUACUUAUUUAUUUUGGGUUUUUUAACUUAUUUUUUGAUAAUGUCUCCAUGAUAUUUAGAAAAUUUGGUAUAUAACUAUAGCAAUAGUCUGCACUAUUACUUUUCAUUUGUAUAAUCAUUUGUGUGUUUAUCAUAACAUACUAACAAUUUGUCUUGGAAGUAACAAGUUUCUAAAUGUGUGUUUUGUACUUAGUGAUCUGUCAUUUUGCAUACAUCAGUUUGCUUGUAUAUGGUCUUUACUCCACACUGUCUGCCCUAUUCUGAUCUGGUUGUUAAACCCCCAUUCAUUGCAGUUUUCUGUUAAUGUUUAAAUAUAAUUUCUAAGAUGUUCUUGUCAGGUAGACUGGUAUGCUAGUUAGAUUUGACAGAAAACAAAUAGUGAGGUACACGUACAGCCAUAUUAGCAUCAGGUAUUACCCACAAAUUGUCUAUGGAGGCUGAAUUUGUGUUCAGCAUAUUUUUGUUUUGUUUUUUACAGUGGCUAGUGUAUACAUAUCAGUAUUCAAAUUCAGUUAAAUCCCUUACCAUCAGAUAUACACUUCAAUGUCAUUAUUUUCCUUUCAUAUCACUGCAUUUACCAAAUGUAGCUCACCGGGCUUGGUAGGAAAUAAACUAUUCUGAUACAUGAAAAAAAAAAAAAAAAUUAUAUAUGUAGUUUCAAGUCUCCCAUGGGGGAGCAGCAGUGCACUCAGUAUUUCUUUGAAAAAUGAUGCUGGAGAUUAUUUACUUUGUUACUUAAUUUAUAUGUUUGUUAUGUUUAAAUAACACCAGCAAUAACACCUUGUUGGUGUUCAUGAUUGACAAUCAGGGGACUGUACAAAAAACAAGUUUUUUUGUACCAUGGAUGUCUAUAUAAAAAUUACCAGAUUUCCAUGGUAUUGAUUGCCAAUAAAAUUUAAGAUGCCUAUGCAUUGAA